AUGUCUAUCAAAAAUAUCACCAAGCUGGUUCCCCAAACUACUGCACUCUUUGUGUGUGAUGUCCAAGAGCGCUUCAAGGGUCUCAUUUGGCAAUAUCCUUCUGUCAUCUCCGUUGCUGGUAAAAUGAUCAAAGCCAGCAAACUUUUGGACAUGCCAGUUGUUGUCACGGAGCAGUAUCCUAAAGCCUUUGGACGCACUGUUGCCGAGUUGGAUAUUUCAGAUGCAGCUGUUUGCAUUGAAAAGACAAAGUUCAGCAUGUACUUGCCUGAGGUCGUCGAUGUUUUGAAAAAGAACAAUACGAAAUCCAUUCUUUUGUUGGGCAUUGAGAGCCACGUCUGUGUGCUUCAAACCGCUCUUGAGUUCCUUGAGAAUGACUACGAUGUGCAUGUUAUUGCUGAUGGCGUUUCGUCUCAAAACCAUCCCGAAAUUGAUAUUGCCAUUGCUCGUAUGAGAUCUGCUGGCGCUGUCAUUACUACAUCUGAAUCCGUCCUCUUCCAGUUAGUCCAAGAUGCAAAGCAUGAAAAGUUCAAGGGCAUUAGUGGCAUUGUCAAGGAGUAUAUGGAGGCCAGCAAAGUCAACAAGAUUUUGCAGAGAAACUCGGGUGCUAAUUUGUAA